UCAGGCUCUCCUUUACGCUCUGACUUGGACAAUUACUGUUCUCCGCCCUUGAUCAAAAUUUUUUCCUUUGGCUCUCCAAGCUCCGACAAACCUCUACAAAAUGUCUUUCGCAACUCGAUGCUACCGAAGCGCUGCUCGCCUCUCCUCAUCAGCUUCUACUUCUAUCCGCACUUCCUCUCAAAUCACUAGAUUGAACGCUAGCACAUCAUACAUCUCUCAGCGAAGAAGAUAUGAGUCCACGACCGCAGAACCAGCUGCACCAACAAGCGAAAAAAUCACUAAGAUUGUCGACCAAAUAAGCCAAUUGACACUUCUUGAAACCGCUGAUUUAGUUGCAAGCUUGAAGACUCGUCUUAACAUCCCUGACCUGCCAGUUGGAGGCUUUGCUGCUGCCGCCCCCGGUGGAGCAGCUGCUCCAGCUGCCGCAGUAGAGGAGGAGGAAGCCGCACCAGCCGCACAAGAAAAGACCCUGUUCAACCUCAAGCUCGAGUCCUUCGACGCUGCCUCCAAGGCCAAGAUUAUCAAGGAAGUUAAAUCCAUGCUUGGACUUUCCCUUGUGGAGAGCAAGAAAUUCGUCGAAAGCGUCCCCAAGGUUAUCAAGGAAUCCGUUCCAAAGGAGGAGGCAGAGAAAAUUGUUGCUACUUUGAAAGCUUUAGGCGCCGUUGCCUCCAUGGAGUAA